UUUGCAUACGCGGACGUGGCACCCCUCUGUACCUCUACGUGCCAAUUAAUGUGCCUAGCAAACCUCCGCAUUAUAUCCAUACAAUACCAGGCAAUACGAAGCUGCAGUGGGCUGCCCUAGCAGGACUGCGCCCGAGCCUUCGAACCCUGACAGCUAACAACACUUGGCUCCCGUCCCGCCUCCAAGGGAACUUCUUCCUCUUUCAACUUCACUUCUUUUUCAGGAUCCAAGCCUGGCCAUCUUCUCUCCUGGUUGAAUUAUCUCUUUCAACCACCGAGGCCGUGUUCGCCAUCUGCAGUUCCAUCUCGGACAUCUCCCCGGGAUCCGGACAUCUCAAGACUUGUCGUGCAGCAGCGAUUCACGAGGGAUCCGGGUCGCUUCCUUCCGUGGCUCGCCUUCAGCCAUUGUCCAUCCUGUCCCACAGGACCCGUGAACACGAACAUUUUCGGAAACACAAUCACCACUGCACUCGACAAACUUUGACUUUAGGCUCGAUUCAGUCCGUAUUCCUUCAACAUGGCGGCGGGCAGCGCACGCUACGUGCGCUACAUCCUCCUUGCCUUUUUUGUUAUCGCCGUUCUUUACUUCAUCUCUACGCCGUCAUCCGUCGUGACCCCCCUAAAAGAUAACUUUGGCAAAUUCCAACAAUCCACCGGAAACUCGAAGCCAUCGACUGGAAGUACUACCGGAAGCACUGCCGGAAGUACCACCGGAGGCACCACCGAAGUCGCCCACGAUGAAAAGACACCCGCUAAGAGCAAUGGCGCCGACUACGAUCCUGCCCAGUACCCGUUGGCCAUGACUCCGAAUGACCCGGGCUGGAACGACUUGUCUGGGGUUAAGGGCGGCCCUCGCAUGAACGCGACCUUUGUCACCUUGGCUCGCAACGGCGAUGUGUGGGAAAUUGCAAAGUCGAUCCGCUCGGUCGAGGACCGCUUCAACCGCCGCUACAACUACGACUGGGUCUUCCUCAACGACAAGCCAUUUGACGAAACCUUCAAGAAGGUUACCUCCUCGCUUGUGUCCGGCAAGACGUACUAUGGCGAGAUUCCGACCGAGCACUGGUCGUUCCCGCCUCACAUUGACCAGGAGAAGGCCAAAAAGGUUCGCGAGGACAUGAGACAGCGCAAGAUCAUUUACGGUGACAGUAUCAGCUACCGCCACAUGUGCCGCUUUGAGUCCGGCUUCUUCUUCCGCCAGCCCCUCAUGAUGAACUACGACUACUACUGGCGCGUUGAGCCGAGCGUCGAGUUCCACUGCGACAUCCACUACGAUCCUUUCCGCUUCAUGCACGAGAAUAACAAGAAGUACAGCUUCGUGCUCAGCCUUUACGAGUACUUCGAGACUAUCCCGACCCUCUGGGACAGCGUUACCAAGUUCAUCAAGAACCACCCCGAGCACAUUGCUGAGGGCAACUCCAUGGCUUUCCUCAGUGACGAUGGUGGCAAGACCUACAACAAGUGCCACUUUUGGUCCAACUUUGAGAUUGGUAGCCUCAACUGGCUUCGCUCCAAGGCCUACACCGACUACUUCGAGUCUCUGGAUCAGGAUGGUGGUUUCUUCUAUGAGCGCUGGGGCGAUGCCCCGGUCCACUCUAUUGCCGCCGGCUUGAUGUUGAAGAAGGAGGAAAUCCACUUCUUCAACGACAUUGCCUACUACCACGUUCCCUUCACUCACUGCCCCACCGGAGAGCAGUUCCGUCUCGACCGCAAGUGCCACUGCAACCCCAAGGAGAACUUUGACUGGAAGGGGUAUUCUUGCACUUCGAGGUACUACGAGCUUAAUGGUCUUCCGAAGCCAGAAGGCUGGCAAGAUCAGUCGGAUUAGAAGGAGGCGAAGAAGAAACAGUUCUGAGGGUGUGGGGAUUAAGGCUUUAUGUUGGGAAAACAGGUCUGCAAAUAAAACCAAAAGCGGACAUUCCCUAGAAUGUAUUAUCGUUAUAAUGACUUUUUCGUUCUCAAUUGGUGGUACAACCCAAUUGCCUGGAAACAUGGACCUAUAAAUGGGAAAGGUUGGGCAAAAACGAAGCUGCCUGUUCUGAGUGUUUUGAUGGAUAGGGAAGGGCUAUAAGGGGCGUUAAGGAAAUCAUGACACAAUCACUUAGGGUUAGGUUCGUUGUUACCGACUGCUGAGAUAACCCUGGUAUUGCCAGGUGUGAAAAGGCAAGCUGACAGCAACACAGUUGGUCCAGUGUCUCCGUCCUUCCCCGAAGUAUUUCGUCUUCGGUGUUGUAUCAUCUUGAACAUGGCCAGUCUUCGACAGUCGUAAUACAAGGAAUAUGGACGCCGAUAUCCUGUCAUGCACCUUUUAUUUCCUUAUAGUACACGGACACAUAGUUUAGGAUGCGGAAUGAUGAACUACAUGGAUGAAGC